AUGGGCGAAUCCAGACAAGAACUGCUGGCGUGGCUCAACAACCUCCUUCAGCUCAAUAUUACCAAAAUCGAGCAGUGCGGAACGGGUGCGGCGCUAUGCCAGAUAUUUGACUCGAUCUUUUUGGAUGUUCCCAUGGCCCGGGUCAAGUUUAACGUCAAUACCGAAUACGCCUAUCUGCAAAACUUCAAGAUCCUACAGAAUGUCUUGGCCAAGCACGGAGUAAACAAGCCUGUGCCCGUUCAGUCCCUCACAAAAUGCCGCAUGCAGGAUAACCUCGAAUUCCUGCAGUGGGUGAAGCGGUACUGGGAUCAGCACUACCCAGGCGGCGAGUACGACGCCGUCUCUCGGCGCAAGGCCUCCGGUGCUCCCAGCGGCGGCGCGCCUAGCGGCGGUAUGAGCGGCCCUCGCACUGGUUCUGCGGGUGGCACACGGCGCGGCGUGACCCCUACGUCCUCUGCGGCCCGCCCACGCGUGGGCGCCGCGUCCAGUGGAGGCUCGGCGGCAUUGCAGCAGGAAAUCGCGACACAGAAGGAGGCGAUUGCAGGCCUGGAGAAGGAGCGCGAUUUUUACUUCGCAAAGCUGCGCGACAUUGAGCUGUUGUUGCAGAAUGCGAUCGAGGCGGACCCGGAGCUAGAGAAGGAUGAGGACUCCCUGCCCAAGCACAUCCUGGCGAUUCUGUACUCGACUGAGGAAGGGUUUGAGAUUCCGGCUGAAGGCGAGGAGGGCGCGGCAGAUGAACUCGAGACGUUUUAG